AUGGGUAGAAGGAAGCGAACGAAAUCUCAGGCUUCACCAAAUUUUCUGUUUGAACAACCUGGAAAAAGAUUAACUAUGUCAAACCAGAGUCCGGUGGCUACAUCCCCUAAUGGUAACUUUAUAGCACAAGUACCUGGAUACCAAGGUCAAUUUUUACCUCCACAUACCCAGUUUAUGACCCCACCUCAAUAUCAACAACAGUGUACACAAUCUUCAAUGCCUACAAUGCCCAUCAAUCAAGCAAUCAUGGAAAAGCUCGAGGCAAUGGACAAAAGAUUAAAUAAAUUGGAUAUUAUUGAAAGCCAGAUUAGCAACUUGACCCAGAAAAUGACCGUUAUAGAUCAGCGUGUUUCAUCGCUUGAGAGCAAAGUACAUGAACAAAACAGUAAAUUAACUGAAUUUGAAGUAAGUAGAAAUUUUGAUUCGCAAUCAAAUGAUGAGAUCAGGAAAAAACAAUGUGACAUUGACAAACAAGUGAAAUCUGGUCUAGAAUCAAAUAAAAAGGUGAUGUCUGAGUGUGAAUCAUUAAAGCAGGAAACCCAUAGAUUAUCAGAGGAAGUCAUCGAUUUGCAGUCAAGGUCCAUGCGUGAUAAUUUACUUUUCUUUAACUUUGAUGAAGACAUAAGCGCAGAGGCCCGUAAAAAUGAAGACUGCUGCAGUAAAAUUUACACAUUCUGUAAAAAUGAUUUAGGUAUGGCUGACGCGCAAACUAGGAUUCAAAUAGAUAGGGCGCAUCGUAUUGGAAAAUUUACACCGGGCAAAAAGAGACCCAUUGUAGCUAAAUUUAACCAUACUCCGGACAAAAUUGAAGUUAAACAGAAAGUGUUGGAAAGAAAGGAUGCCAUAUCUAUAAGGUGUAGUGAUCAAUACCCUAAAGUGAUUCAGGAUCGUAGGAAAAAACUUAUACCAGAACUGAUUAAGGCCAGGGAUGAAAACAAGGAAGCAGUUCUUCGUUAUGACAAACUGUACAUUAAUGGUAGUUUGUUCCGGGAAACACCACUUGGCGACAUCUAG